AUGGUUUGCGGACGUGUACGAACAAAAACCGUGAAGAAAGCUUCACGUGUAAUUAUUGAGAAGUAUUAUACUAAGCUGACACAUGACUUCCAUACAAAUAAACGAAUUUGCGAGGAAAUUGCAGUUAUUCCGAGCAAAAAAAUGAGGAACCGCAUUGCGGGUUAUAUAACACACUUGAUGAAACGUAUCGAAAAGGGACCGGUUCGUGGUAUUUCAAUCAAAUUACAAGAGGAAGAAAGAGAGCGUCGCGAUAACUACAUGCCGGAUAUUUCUGUCGUUGAUCCGCGAAUGUUGACCACAAUUGAAGUAGAUACGGAAACCAAGCAGAUGAUUGAGUCAAUGGAACUGAGUAUUCCGAUGACCGACAAGACAGCAAGUACGGGAAUGGCUGGUCGAAGAUAA